CCAGGGAGUGGCUUGUUCAUCUUAUUUCCCAGCCAGUGUGGGAGCGGCGUGAGGAGAAACGACACAUUCGGUCGCCAAAGGAUUCAGCGCAAGGAGCCGACCAUCGGACAGAAUGCUGCGCUCGGGACCCAGGGUGCUGCUGCUCCUCACCGCCCUCUUCAUCCCUGCAGAAUGGACACCCCUAGGGGUCAGUGGUCAACGAGGAGACAAUGAUGCAACUACAGCGACUCCCGAGGUAUUCACAGAAGAUCCUAAUCUGGUGAAUGAUCCCGCAACCGAUGAAACGGUUCUGGCCGAUCUCGAGCCUUCCACAGAUGACCUGGCACUCGACAGAAAUGCCACUGGAGACUGUCGGGAUGAGAAAUUCGCUUGCACGCGACUCUACUCUGUGCACCGACCCAUCAAGCAGUGCAUCCACCCUCAGCUGUGCUUCACCAGCUUGCGCCGCAUGUACAUCAUCAACAGGGAGAUUUGUUCCCGGCUGGUCUGCAAAGAACAUGAGGCUAUGAAAGACGAGCUGUGCCGCCAGAUGGCCGGCCUCCCGCCCCGCAGGCUCCGCCGCUCCAGCUACUUCCGACUCCCACCCUGCGAAGACGUGGAUCUGCAGAGACCCGGGAGUCUGUGACCGGAGAGGAGUCCAGGACAGCUGUCUGGGGGGCAGGGAGAGGGUGUCCUGGGCAGGUCUCCUCCGGGCGGCGUGAAUCGUUUCUUUGCCCUGUCUUGCUUUUGCCUCUACUCCCCAUCUUUUUUUUUUUUUUUUUUUGAGCCUCUCUUAGCGCUGGGUUUGGCUGCUUCUCAGGAUCCUAGGUGGAGUAGACCGAGGGCUUCUCUGCAAAUACUCCCCGUGCCAUUUCCGUAGAAUAAACUUUAGGUAUCAUUUACAAUUUUUUUUUGGCUUUUGGAGUCACACCCAGCGAUAUUCAGGCGUUCCUCCAAGCUCUGCACUCAGGAAUUACUCCUGCCCGUGCUCAGGAGCCCAAUGGGAUGCUGGGGAUCGAACCUGGGUUGGCUGCAUGCAACGCAAAUGCCCUCCCCGCUGUGCAAUGGCACCCACUGGGAAUUAUUUACUCUUAAAUCUGUUGAUGCAGAUUCUCGGUCUCUUUUGACUCAUCCCCCUUUCUUCUUCAAGGGCCCCUUGACUCAGAAUUGUUUUUCUUGAAUUUUCUGAACAUCUGCCUGACUGCUCCAUUCCUCCUCCCUCCUCCCCUCGCAGCUGGGGGCACCCCCUUCCGUCCCCCAGUGUGGACUGUCAUCCUUUUUUGCAGUCCUAGAAGAUCCAAUAUUUUGUUUAGGGGGAGGAUUUGGCCCUCAACCGGCAAAAUUCUU